AUGUUUAGGGUCAGCGGCGUCUUUCUGAAACCCCCCACGCUCACCUUCUCCCGUGGCAUAGCCAUGAAGGGUGACGUACACUUGUCGGGCCGCAGAGUCAUGAAAAAAAUCAAAAUGGGAAAAGCCAGACCAACGAUUUUUCACCAGUUCGAAACAUUAGUGGAGCUCAGCGAUGGGUCUGUAAUCAGGCGAAGGUCACAGGCGCCCAAGGAUGAGAUCAGAAUGAUCAGUGAUCAGCGUAAUAGCACCUUGUGGAAUCCUCAUCGGUCCGACUUGGUGACAGUGGACCCCAAUGCUACUGGAAAGGUCAACAAAUUUAGACAAAGAUACGCUGCUUUUGGCCAAGAAGAACCAACAAAUGAAGUGGGCGAGAAACAGGGCAAAAAACAGGAUGAUUUUGUCGACUUGAUGGGUGAAAACGUCACCGAGGUAGCUAGUGGUGGUAAGCUUCAGAACAAGAAGGAGAACAAAAAGAAGAAAUGA